AUGGUGGAUUAUUUUGGGUCGAGAUUAAGGAAUCGCACGAACUUCUCUUCCUCUGGAAUGUUGUCCCGAAUAUCAGAAGUCGCGGACGAGCCAAAAAUCGAAACCAACAAUUGUGAAAAUUCGUUUUCUUGCUAUGGAUCUUGGGGCAAUGAUUAUUCGUAUUACGCUGAAUAUUUCCCAGUUGGGAUCAAGAGGGAGAUUGACGAUGAUGACCGAGUGCCGUUUGCUAAUUCUCAGACUGUGAAGCAUGGAAAUAGGCCACAUAUAUUGUCACACCACUUUAGUUUACCCAAGAGUUCUGCAGCUGAAUUUGGUGCUAUGGAGAAAUUAUUGCAUUUUCAAGACAGAGUUCCUUGUAAAGUUCGUGCCAAACGAGGUUUUGCCACUCAUCCACGAAGCAUAGCCGAGAGGGUGAGAAGGACUAAAAUCAGUGAAAGAAUGAGAAAAUUGCAAGACCUUGUACCAAACAUGGAUAAGCAAACAAACACGGCAGACAUGUUGGAUUUUGCUGUUGAGUACAUAAAAGACCUACAGAAACAGUACAAGGCUCUAAGAGAACUUCGCCAGAACUGCAAAUGUUCGGCCUGA